AGCGACAUGAGACGAGCCAUCGAAGCUCUCAUCUACUCUCUCGUACUCUACCAUAUCCCCUACACCCCACUCACUACCCGUCAACUCAAACACCUCCAGACACAGCUCCGCAAACCCACCCGCCUUGCUCUCGGCGUGCCACAGUACGCUCCCCUAGAGCACUUACAACAGAUGGACCCCUUCAACACACUCGAGGGGCGAGUCGACUUGCACCAACUGGGUCAACAACAACGCCUAACCACGUCCCUGCAGGGUCGCUACAUUCUCAAUUUUCUCGGUUACGACACCCUGCACCUCCCUCCCAUCAAAACAACCACACCUCCCUGGGAUACCAUACCCCAAAUCACCGCACUCCCCAUACCCAAACAUAUGAAUCCCGACAGCAACCCGGAACGCCGCAAGCACAGAGCCAAACUCAUAUCCCAAAAACCCGCCACACUUCAGGCACAGCAGCACCUCAUCUACUACACAGACGCCAGCUACGACCGUGGCGCCAAACUCGGCCGCACCGCAAUUCACUGUCCCCAGUCCAACACAACGCUUAGGCAAACAUACACCGAAGCGCCUUGGGCAGACCUCCUGGAGACUCAGGCGCUGUGCUCCGCCAUUUACCAUGCCAUCGCCAACCCCCACGAGGGACACACCUCCAUCACUGUCCUGACAGAUUCCCAAAAAGCAGUUCGCACAUUUCAGUACAACCAACUCCCCAACUACAUGUCGCGCGAGCUUCGAGCCGCCCUCAACACCACCCCCACCCUUCGCUUCUACAUCUACUGGAUCCCUGGCCACGCUUUAAUCCCAGGCAAUGAACGAGCACAUUCACUUUCCCGAGUCACUUCCACUCCGGGACCUGCGAUUGACUGGCCUACGUCCUAUGACCCCCAACUCCAGCGCAAUGAAUACCAUCAACAGCGCUCUAACACACUCCGACAACUCCGCGAAUCCAGACUCGCCCUCGUACCACCGCCUCCCACACUCUCUCGACAACAGGCCAGCACUAUACGCCGAGCACAGACCCACACGCUAUCCUCCCCACACUAUACUCAUCUCUUCCAAGGCGCUCAGGGCACAGCUAAGUGUCCCUUCUGCACUGGCUACCCAAACAACACGCACACCUAUUGGCAAUGCCUCCAUGCACAACUAUCCAUCCGCUCUACACUUUCCAAGCUCCCUCCCGGGCUUCGGCCCACGACAUGGAAAGAGUGGCUCUUUCCCACAAAUCAUCAACACGUGCCCGCCAUCUUCGACGCCCUUCUUCACCACAUCACAACCAUCGAAGAGAAGCUGAGGGCAUCGAAAGACGCCAUCAAUCCCCCAUGA